CCUCCGCAUCACGCAGGUCUGCUCACACACACUCCGGCGUGUUGUAUCUACGCUUGAAUCAGGGAUUGCGAGCAGUCAUGGCAGAUGAAGGAUAUGUUGUACGCAUCAGGGGUCUCCCAUGGUCUUGCUCAGUGGACGAAGUACAGAGGUUUUUCUCAGAAGCCGAUUGUAAAGUCAUCAACAAUGGAGGAGGAGGGGGAAUCCACUUCACCUACACAAGAGAGGGGCGUCCCAGUGGAGAGGCAUUUGUGGAGCUGGAGACCGAGGAGGACCUGAAGAUUGCAGUGAAGAAAGACCGAGAAACUAUGGGUCACAGAUACGUGGAGGUUUUUAAAUCCAACAACGUGGAGAUGGACUGGGUCAUGAAGCACACAGGGCCAAACUGUCCAGAGACGGCAGGAGAUGGGCUCGUUCGGCUCCGAGGUCUCCCCUUUGGCUGCAGCAAAGAGGAGAUAGUACAGUUUUUCUCAGGGUUGGAAAUCGUGCCAAAUGGGAUAACUUUGCCGGUGGACAUCCAGGGGAGGAGUACGGGGGAGGCCUUCGUGCAGUUUGCUUCACAGGAUAUAGCUGAAAAGGCUCUAAAGAAACACAAGGAAAGAAUAGGGCACAGGUACAUUGAGAUCUUCAAGAGUAGCCGCGCUGAGGUGCGUACCCACUAUGAACCCCAGCGAAAGCCAAUGGGCAUGCAGAGACCUGGCCCCUAUGACCGGCCCUCAGGUGGUCGUGGCUACAACAUGAUGGGCCGAGGGGGAUCUUAUGACAGAAUGCGUCGUGGAGGAGGAGGAGGAGGCGGCGGAGGAGGAGGAUAUGGAGGAGGUGUAUCGGACGGACGGUAUGGAGAUGGUGGCGGCGGCGGCGGUGGAGGUGGCGGCGGCUCUUCCUUCCAGAGCACAACAGGCCACUGUGUCCACAUGAGGGGGCUACCGUACAGAGCCUCAGAGACAGACAUCUAUAAUUUUUUCUCACCAUUGAAUCCGGUGCGGGUCCAUAUUGAGAUCGGGCCCGAUGGCAGAGUAACCGGGGAGGCAGAUGUAGAGUUUGCAACACACGAGGAUGCUGUGGCAGCUAUGUCCAAAGACAAAGCAAACAUGCAGCAUCGAUACGUGGAGCUGUUCUUGAACUCAACAGCAGGUGGCAGUAAUGGCGCUUAUGGCAGCCAGAUGAUGGGUGGCAUGGGUAACCAGUCGUCUUACAGCAGUGGCCAGCUGAGCUCAGGCUACUCUGGAGGAUACAGCAGCCAAGGAAACAUGGGCGGUUACAAUGACUAUAGUAACCAGGGCGGAAUGGGAAGCAGUUACUACGGCAGCAGCGGAGGAGGAGGAAGCAGAGGCUCCAUGAAUGGACUGGGUGGGGGAUGGGGAAUGUAGUUUUUUUUUUCUCCCCCUUUAUUUGAUGUUUCUUUUUAACUCAGCAAUUUGCUGGAAGGACUGGAAAUGUAAGUCACCUAUUAAAACGUUAGGGUCAGGUGAGGAUGUUUUGAAAAUACUGAGCGGUAGGGUUUGUAUUUGUUUUUUUUAAGUGGAUGAUCUUCAGACCGAAGCGAGAUCAUCUCGUGUCUCAAGAAGUUUUUCAGAAGCGCUGUUCGUCUUCCCCAAUACUCAGUUUUCCACACAUCACAGAAAAUCUGCUUUAAAAUUUUGAUACCAGGAAAUGUGUUCUUUGUGUUUAUUCACCCAACACCUGGCUGUUCCUCAAGGUUAACUCAUCCUGUCCCGGUGGCUUUAACAUAAUUUUCAAUGUCUGAGUGCAUGAACAAAACAAAUCUGUUCUGGAAGGUUAUGUUUUGACCUCGUUUCAUCUUCUAGCUUUUAAUUUCCAAUUAAAGUGUUAAUCUGAAUUUGAAACUUCACAUGGUCAGAGCAUGUUUUGUUUUCUAAAGGUGUGACUGUUGAUGGCGCAGUUUUUCUGGAUGAGGACUGUAUCAACAUGUGAAUUUCAAAUCUGCAGACAUGUAGGUUUCUACUGCUUCAAAUGCUAUUUGAAUUUCCUGUGCACAACGUGAAUAAACUAGUCUGGAAUAUCUAAUUGAAA